AUGCCGUCCACGACGGCAGAAACGCUGUCGCUUGUGACACGCAACGUCUCGGUUGCUCCUCUUGUCCUCCUCUCAGUCGUCGACCAUUACAACCGCGAAUCCGCAAACCAGACCAAGAACAAGCGAGUAGUCGGCGUGCUAUUAGGCCAGAACGACGGCAAGAAUGUACGGGUAUCCAACAGCUUUGCAGUUCCCUUCGAGGAGGAUGAAAAGAACCCUUCAGUCUGGUUCUUGGAUCACAACUACGUCGAAAGCAUGAACGACAUGUUCAAAAAGGUCAACGCGCGCGAAAAGCUGAUAGGAUGGUACCACUCCGGACCCAAGCUGCGCGCCUCCGACCUCGAGAUCAACGAACUGUUCAAGCGCUACACACCGAACCCACUACUGGUCAUUAUCGAUGUCCAGCCGAAGGAGGCCGGUGUCCCAACGGAUGCGUACUUUGCAGUGGACGAGAUCAAGGAUGACGGCACAGCGACCUCAAGAACCUUUGUCCACACCCCAUCAAUCAUCGAGGCCGAAGAGGCCGAGGAGAUCGGCGUCGAGCACCUCCUGCGCGAUAUCCGCGACGUGGCUGUUGGCACCUUGUCCACGCGGCUCACCAACCAGCUGCAGUCCCUCCAAGGCCUACACCUGAGGCUGCGAGACAUCCAGGCGUACCUGCAAAAGGUGUUGGACGGUGACCUGCCCGUUAAUCACGCCAUCCUGGGCAACCUUCAGGACGUCUUCAACCUUCUUCCCAAUCUUUCGACGCCCAGCGGUGGCAAGGGCAGCGGCGACGGCGGGCUGGAGCACGCCAUGGCGGUCAAGACCAACGAUCAGCUCAUGAGCAUCUACCUAAGCAGCUUGAUCAGGGCCAUCACGGCCUUCCACGACCUGAUUGAGAACAAGAUCCAGAACCGACAGCAGCAGGAGGAGAAGGAGGCGGCCAAGAAGGAGGGCGAGAAGGACGCCAAGGAAGCGAGCGACAAGAAGGAGGACGGCAAGGGCGCCGUCAACGGCGUCAACGGGGAUGGUUCUGCGAAGGAGGGCGCGUCUGAAAAGGACAAGGAGGCAGGGUCGAAGGAUAAGAAGAAAUAG